AUGGCAGCCGACUUCACAUUCUCGUGGUUCGAGGUCUUGCUUUUUGUGCUUGCAGGGUAUCUCUUGAUAUAUGGACGUUUUUUCCGUAAUCGACAUAUCAAUCUCCCGCCUGGUCCAAAAGGAUGGCCUGUGAUAGGCUCAUUGUUGCAGUGUGGCAAACAAGUACCGAUAAAAUUCCACGAGUGGUCUCAAAUCUACGGGGACGUAUUCAGUGUGAAGCUCGGCACAGAACUGGUAGUGGUACUUGGCAGUCAUGACGCAAUCAAAGAAGCGUUUGUCAAGAAAUCGGAAAGUUUUGCUGAAAGACCAAAGCGAUGGUCUCUUUCCAUAGCAACCAAAAACAAAGGUAUCACUACACCAUGGCCGGAAUGGAAACAUACUCGUAAAUUCAUCGUUAGGACAUUCCGUGAGCUUGGCGCCGGUAAACAAGUAAUGGAAGAAAGAGUAUGUGCGGAAAGUGACAUAUUAGUGGAGUACAUCGUUAACAACAAACCAACGGAUUUGACUCGUGUAAUUUACAAUGCAGUGUCUAACGUACUGUGUUCCGAGUUGUUCGGCACGAGAUUCCGUUACGACGAUGACGAUUUCAAAAUACUGAUGAAAACGAUGUCUCUCAAUGUAUCCGCCAUUACAGAUGCCAAUAUUUUAACAUUCUUUCCGUUGCUAUGGUAUCUGCCCACGUCGUUGAAAAGUAAAUUCCUUGCUUUGCAGUCAGCAUUGGCAUCAUACGUCGAAAACCGAAUUAAAGAGUGCCGUCAGGCCAUGCAUGGCGGAGACCCCGACAGUGUCGCCGAAGCAUUCCUUCAGCGCGACGACUGGGACGAUGGUAAGAUAGGAGAUUUGGCUCAAAUAGGCAAAGGUUUACUGAACGCUGGGGCCGACACAACUGCCAGUGUUUUAAUGUGGGCUAUUCUUUAUCUCGCAAUGAAUCCAGAAAUUCAAGAGAAGUGCUAUUCAGAGAUAGCACAUGUAGUUGGUGACGAAGCGCAUGUUAGGAUGCGAAACAGAAGUAAACUUCCUUACAUCGAGGCGACCUGUCUUGAGAUCUAUCGCUGUUCCACGGUAUCGCCGCUUGGAGUCCCACACGGUACAACAACAGACGUCGAUCUCUAUGGUUACCGCAUCCCUGAAGAUACCAUGGUGCUGGGUAGUUUGUGGUCUGUUCACAUGGAUGAGAAAAUGUGGCCCAGUCCCCGGGAGUUCAAGCCGGAACGAUUUCUCGAUGCAAAUGGAGAAGUCGUAAAUCGAGAACGCGUCAUUCCGUACGGCUUAGGUUCUCGUGACUGUCUUGGUUCAGAGCUCGCUAAAAUGGAGGUGUUGAUCUUUACAACAAGAUUGAUACAGAAGUUCAAGUUCAAACUUCCGUCAGGAUGUGUAGCACCACCAAUGCAUGGAAAGUUUGAAUUUGUGCGUCAUCCACAUCCUUACGACGUCAUUUCAGAAGCGCGCCAUUAGCGACAGCACGUGCACGCCGAUCUCUGAUUCACGGGCACAAAGAAUACUGAGGCUGCAUGUAUAUGAUCCUGACCACACGAACACUUCAUUACUGUUGAAACUUUCAGGUUCAGGAAAAAACAGUAAUAUACAACAGUUUAAAUUAUGUAACGUUGUGUAAUCCAAAUACUAACUUGAGCAUCGAUAUCGAAACCAUGUACAUUACAUUACUGCCAG